AUAUUGUCAAAAUAUUUUUUACUUUUAAACUUUUCAUGUGCAGCCAGAAUGCACAUAAAAAAAGUGCUUUGUGCAUCAGUUACCGACUGGAAUUAGAACUCGGAGUGGGUCGCACUUUUAUGCCUAAUCUAGCAAACCAACAACAGCCGCGUUAAUUCCUUCUGGUCCAAACCCGGAUCUGAUAAGGUUUCACGUUUUAGCUGACGAACUGAAGAUACAAGUUGAACAUCUACAGCAAUACAGAGAGAGACUGGCGACUGGUUUUGCAGUGUAACUUUCAACAUAAAAAAGAGACGCUGCUUCAGCACGAGACCAAUGACGCAAGCUGCCUUAAACCAGGCAAACCAGAGCAGAGUGGAACACGAUGACUCCCAUUCUGCCCUUUUCUACCUAUUCCAAGAAGUUUCCAAGCUAGCCUCCCCUAAUCACAACAUUUUUCUAGACACAGGUCCACCCUCCACUUUACCAAAUGAGGCAGCUAAGAAGGAUUCCUUAGUAAUUGAAAUGAAAGAAGAGCAUAUGCAAUCAUUUCAAAUCUCUAAUGAUUCCUGCCUGUAUAGGUUGCCGUAUAAUCAGGUGAAUAAAGUGAAGGCAGAAUCUCCUGAAAGCAAGGACACCUCUUGGGGUGAGCCACAGUUUGAAUGCAGUAGCCCUUGGAAAGUGCUGAGUCUGAUCAACCUACACUGUGAACAGCUGCUGCACAAAAGAGAUGUAGAAAAGUUAGACCCAACUUCAGUAUUCACUGCCACAAAUUUAGAUCAUUCAGCAACCAAAUCAUUGACUGCAGCACCAGAUGUUAGUUCUAGGAGUGACGGUUUUGAAUGCACUUCAAGACUGCCUUUUUGUCCCUGUGAGCGACAAGAAAUCCCAAACUCUGUCAGCCCAGAGAAAGAUGAUUGUAAAUUGUGCUGUGAGGUAAACUCUGAGGUAGACUUUAGUGUUCAACUACAGACUGGUGAGAAAACCCACAUUGUCGAAAAUGCUAUGUCUCAACCAUGCAUCCCCAACGCAUGCGUUAAUACUCAACUGACUUUUAAUUCAAAUGAUAAGGAUUGUGUAGCACUCUCAGAGCCAGUGCUAACACUGGACCACAAUGCAAACUUUAUUUUGUCUGCAGAGUCCCCAUGUGACACCCAGCUACACCCUCUGGUGUCCAUCCCUCCUCCAUCGCAUUCAACAUCGUUCAUAUCUAGUGUGAACGAGAGUUGUCCUUUAAUCUCAAGCCAAGAUGACAAAACCACACCUUCUAAACCACAAUGUACACAUCGUCCCAUAGAAGAAAAGUCCCCAAAAUCCGCCUUGGCUGCCCACCUGAAAUCUUGUGCAGCAUCAAAACCAGUGCAAAAGGACCAACUUGGUCAAGCUUCUACCUACCAGAGGAGAACAAAGACUUCAAGAAAGCAACCUCAUCCAAGUCGGAGUGCCGAUAUCCAAGACCCAGACUUCCAGGGGGUGACGUUCAGGAUAGACACAGAGUUGGACGACAGUAGGGAACAGUGUCGACUUCUCAUAACAUCAAAGUACAGCAAGGAGCUCUGCAAGAGUGUGAGAAAACAGAGGGUGAGGAUGCGGACGUCACAGAAAUCCCUUAAAACUAGCAGUUCAGAUGAGGAGGAUGACCAGACGGCUAAUGUACUGAAGGAUAAAGUCUGUGCAUCAUGCAGCACCAGGAAGACCCCCAUGUGGAGAGAUGCAGAGGACGGGACUCCACUCUGUAAUGCUUGUGGAAUAAGGUAUAAGAAAUACAGAGUGCGCUGUGUCAACUGCUGGCAUAUCCCUAGGAAAGAGGACAACUCAAACUCCUGCUGCCUCAAGUGCGGAAAGUUUGUGAGGAUGACUUCAGCUCAGCGGAAACUCACCACCUAGGGGAACACACAGCACAGGUUUUUAUGUCCACAUGUGACAAAGCUCUGUACACAUACACACAGCAGUUGAAGACGAAGCUCUCUGUAUCUGCAGAUCUUAGUUCUUUAAAAUCCACUGAAAAUAUGGGGUAUGACAUUACUCUUAUCACUGUGCUGUUGCAUCUUACAAUGUAUUUGAAUAAGUCAUUGUUGUGGUUUUAAUGACAACACCAAGCAUUGGUCCUGUAUAGCUGCUCUCAAAAUGUAAUUGUGCAACUGUAUUCAUCUAAAGUGAUAAGCUAAAAUUCUCUAACAAUAUCUUAAAAAUGGAGGAUGGUGUCUUAAAAUAGAAUAUAGAAUACAUAGAAACAGUGCUGACUGAAGCCCAGAUCAUGGCUUCAGUCAGCACUGUUUCUAUGUGACAGAGCUUGACACCUACACGGACUAGUAAUGAAGCACAUUUGGAGCAGAGCAGAGGGUCAUUUUGUUGAAAUACCUGGGAUACUGAAGUGCUACCAUCAGGAGACACAUUCAGUGGAAUGUUCAGUCGUGGCUGUUGACACAUUUCUUUCCGAUAGCCUUGUUUGUUGUGUUUAAUGGUAAGCAUUGCCCAACAGCCGCCAUAAAAAAUGUAUAUCUGUGCAGUAUUAAGCUAAUUGCCAUGUUCACUGUUAACUGCAGAGCAAUUUAACUCAUGUGACGCUGACAGCAACACUUUCUGCUGUGUUUGGUAAAUAUCCAUUUUAUGUCACAAUUUACGAAUUAUUCAUUUUGUUAUGUUGGUCAUUGUUUCUAUGUUUGGUUGUAUUUGAGGUGUUUUUCCUUUAUUGGUGUUUAUUUGUGUUGUUGUUUUGGGGCAGUAUUAAAUUUUGCUAGUUUGCUUGUUUAGCUUGUUUUUUCAACAUUGCUGUUUACUUUGAGAGGGGAAAAGUAUUUUUGUGUGCACAUUCUUGUGUUUUGUUCUGUUAAAAAUACAGUUCUAAGUCUGA